UUCCUUCAUUGGCCCGAGCACAGCGGGCGGAAGUCGCGCGCCGGGCGGAACGCGCCGUGGGCUUCGGGUCUCGCGCUGCGGCGGCCGCCAUCAUGGUCCGGAAGCUGAAGUUUCACGAGCAGAAGCUGCUGAAGCAGGUGGACUUCCUGAACUGGGAGGUCACCGACCACAACCUGCACGAGCUGCGCGUGCUGCGGCGGUACCGGCUGCAGCGGCGCGAGGACUACACGCGCUACAACCAGCUGAGCCGCGCCGUGCGCGAGCUGGCGCGCCGCCUGCGCGACCUGCCGGAGCGCGACCCGUUCCGCGUGCGCGCCUCGGCCGCGCUGCUGGACAAGCUGUACGCGCUCGGCCUGGUGCCCACGCGCGGCUCGCUGGAGCUCUGCGACUCGGUCACGGCCUCGUCGUUCUGCCGCCGCCGCCUGCCCACCGUGCUGCUCAAGCUGCGCAUGGCGCAGCACCUCCAGGCGGCCGUGGCCUUCGUGGAGCAGGGCCACGUGCGCGUGGGCCCCGACGUGGUCACCGACCCCGCCUUCCUGGUCACGCGCAGCAUGGAGGACUUCGUCACCUGGGUCGAUUCGUCCAAGAUCAAGCGGCACGUGCUGGAGUACAACGAGGAGCGCGACGACUUCGACCUGGACGCCUAGCCCAGGGAGACCGAGAGGCCGGCGGCCCUGGGCGCUGUAGGAACUGGACCCCCUAGCCGCAGGCCACGCAGAACCAGGGGAGCACUGUCUUCCUAGAACUCGGACACCUGAUGGUGACAGCGGGAAGCCGUGUUGUGCUGCCUUCGGGGUGGGGUGGGGGGGACUCUAAAUUUCCCGCGCCCUACACCUUGCAGGGUAGUAGCCAGAACUCUGGCGCGCCCACGCCCACCUCGCCUGUAUCGUCUCGUGGCCCUUUGGCUCGAGCUCCUGCCCCUGGUCGUGAGGUAGCUGCUUACCGUGGCAGAGUUAAGGCGCCAGUUUCAAUAAAGCGAGUGUUCAGGGUCCUCUCUCUCAUUUAAGGGAGUGUCUGACGCCCAGCUACUUCGGAA